CCCGUGAAUUAUCAUCACUCUUUUAUGCAAAAAUUCAGUGUAUUUAUGUUCAUUUGCUCAUUCGUAACAUAUUUGCUUUCGCCAUUAUCAAUGGGAAUGUAAACAGCUGCAUGGGGUCACGUUAUUAUUGCGCGCAAGUUGGCAGCACUAACACUUAUCGCAAAUCGGUAUCGAUGAGCAGCCGAUAGAAAGGCUACGCAGGCAGCACCAACUAAACCGUAGAAAAUGCAUUAAAUUGUUGCAAAAUCAUUAAAUAUAGCUAGUUAAAAUCAGUUUUGCACAUAACACAAGAUGGCAUCCGCAACGGUAAGAAAUGUGCCGUUAUUGGACGAUGAUACGAUACCAUUCGGUGAGGAGGAUGAAAUGCGGGAUCCCAGCAUUGCCGCACAAAAAUACACACACCCAUACGUCACGUUUUUCCAUUUGUUCUUUCGGGGCGCAGCAAUAGUCAUAUAUGUCUUCUGCGGCUGGUUCAGCGACUCCUUUAUCACCAGCUUCGUUUUUGUGGUGCUAUUUCUGUCCGCUGAUUUCUGGACUGUUAAGAAUAUUUCAGGAAGAUUGCUCGUCGGGUUGCGUUGGUGGAACUAUGUAGAUGAUGACGGCAAGUCCCAUUGGGUCUUUGAAUCAAAAAAUUCCCAAACUUUCCAGAGCCGCAUAAACAAACACGAACAGCGAAUAUUUUGGCUGGGCCUUAUUCUAUGCCCGCUUUUUUGGGGCCUAUUCUUCCUGGUAGCGCUAUUCGGCCUCAAAUUUAAAUGGUUGCUGCUCGUUAUGAUUGCCAUAGCGCUGAAUGCCGCGAACCUCUAUGGUUACAUUAAAUGUAAUUUUGGCGCUAACAAGGAUUUAAAUAGCGCUGCAACAGACUUUAUGAAGACGCAGCUCUUCAAGAAUGCCGUCGACAUGAUGACCAAGCCCAGUACGGCGCCGCCCCCACCGACUAAUGUGCGACCAACGGGUGUUGUUUGAUGGGAAUGCGAACCAAACUUGCCAAUAUCCUGCAACGCAUUCCAAAGAGUAUUUAAUGCUGGGUCUCCAUUUGGCGCCAUUCUGUCUGUGUAUCUUUUAAUUUAAUUUAGUCGGCAAGAGACAAUUAAUUAAUUACAUUUUCUUACAUAUACGCUGCUUUUUAAUAAUAUCAAUUAAAUUGCAUCAUAAACAAAGUAGACUUCAA